GCGCUGCGCAGGCGGCCCGCUGCAGCCGCAGCUCGGGGGCGGUGCCUGCCCUGCAGCCUCCCCUGGCGAUCGCCAGCCUCAUCUUUGUCCGGCCUGCGCGCUUUGUUCUUGGCUCCCGUGCCUUGGCCGGCCAGGCCCACCGCCGGGCAGCCCCCACGCCACGCUGGCGUCUUCCUCGCCCCCUUCGCCGCCGCCUCCCGCGCGCGGCCGGGCCUUGCCCCCCAUGGUGUCCCGGCCAGAGCCCGAGGGCGAGGCCAUGGACGCCGAGCUGGCGGUAGCGCCGGCGGGCUGCUCGCACCUGGGCAGCUUCAAGGUGGACAACUGGAAGCAGAACCUGCGGGCCAUCUACCAGUGUUUCGUGUGGAGCGGCACGGCCGAGGCCCGCAAGCGUAAGGCCAAGUCCUGCAUCUGCCACGUCUGUGGCGUCCACCUCAACAGGCUGCAUUCCUGCCUCUACUGCGUCUUCUUCGGCUGCUUCACAAAGAAGCAUAUUCACGAGCACGCGAAGUCGAAGCGGCACAACCUGGCCAUUGAUCUAAUGUAUGGGGGCAUCUACUGCUUUCUGUGUCAGGACUACAUCUAUGACAAAGACAUGGAAAUAAUCGCCAAGGAGGAGCAGCGGAAGGCUUGGAAAAUGCAAGGCGCUGGAGAGAAGUUUUCAACCUGGGAACCAACCAAACGGGAGCUUGAACUGCUGAAGCACAAUCCGAAAAGGAGAAAGAUCACCUCGAACUGCACCAUAGGUCUGCGUGGCCUGAUCAACCUUGGGAACACGUGCUUCAUGAACUGCAUCGUGCAGGCUCUGACCCACACACCACUUCUGCGGGACUUCUUCCUGUCUGACAGGCACCGCUGUGAGAUGCAGAGCCCUAGCUCCUGUCUGGUCUGUGAGAUGUCCUCACUGUUUCAGGAGUUUUACUCUGGACACCGGUCCCCUCACAUCCCGUAUAAGCUGCUGCACCUGGUGUGGACCCACGCGAGGCACCUGGCAGGCUACGAGCAGCAGGACGCCCACGAGUUCCUCAUCGCGGCCCUGGACGUGCUCCACCGACACUGCAAAGGUGAUGACAACGGGAAGAAGGCCAACAACCCCAACCACUGCAACUGUAUCAUAGACCAGAUCUUCACCGGUGGGCUGCAGUCAGACGUCACCUGCCAAGUCUGCCAUGGAGUCUCCACCACCAUAGACCCCUUCUGGGACAUCAGCUUGGAUCUCCCCGGCUCUUCCACCCCAUUCUGGCCCCUGAGCCCAGGGAGCGAGGGCAACGUGGUAAACGGGGAAAGCCACGUGGCGGGAACCACCACGCUCACGGACUGCCUGCGACGAUUCACCAGACCAGAGCACUUGGGCAGCAGCGCCAAGAUCAAAUGUAGCGGGUGCCACAGCUACCAGGAGUCCACGAAGCAGCUCACCAUGAAGAAACUGCCCAUUGUAGCCUGUUUUCAUCUCAAACGAUUUGAACAUUCAGCCAAGUUGCGGAGGAAGAUCACCACGUAUGUCUCCUUCCCCCUGGAGCUGGACAUGACCCCUUUCAUGGCCUCCAGCAAAGAGAGCAGGAUGAACGGACAGUACCAGCAGCCCACGGACAGCCUCAACAACGACAACAAGUAUUCCCUGUUUGCUGUUGUUAACCAUCAAGGGACCUUGGAGAGCGGCCACUACACCAGCUUUAUUCGGCAGCACAAAGACCAGUGGUUCAAGUGUGACGAUGCCAUCAUCACCAAGGCCAGCAUCAAGGACGUGCUGGACAGUGAAGGUUACUUGCUGUUCUAUCACAAACAGUUCCUGGAAUACGAGUAGCCUUAUCCGCAGCUGGUCAGAAAAACAAAGGCAACGAAUUGGCAAGCCUCACAAAGUGAUCCUCCCUGCCCCCCAACCCCAACCCCUGCCUCCCCGGCCUGGUGACACCACCUCCCAUGCAGCAGUGGCCCCUCUGCACCUGGGACCCCUGGGUUCGAGAUGGACCACGUGGACGGAGGGGCUCCCGGAGCUACAUGAAGAUGGAUGAGAUGAGGGGUGUGCUCUGGGUGGGGGGAGCAGCGUGCACCCGUCAUAGUAUCCUGUGCUCAUAAUAUGGGGCUCCAACGGGGGCCUCAGCACGGAGUGACCGCCGCCUAGCGCUGCCUAGCACUCCGUGUGGAAAGUCCCCUGCCUGCCAUAAGAUUAUGGGUCCGUUAAAGCAGUAAGCUGAAGACACACAGGUGUAGUGUGUGGGCCAGAGGGCCUUGCAGAUGCCUUUCUGUUCAUGUUUUCGUGUUAAGAUACGGAGAGUGUGGAACUCCUCACCUCCAUUUUUCUCAGCGGCUGUGAAGCAGCCCCAGAGCUUCAGAAUGAAGGACACUGUGUUGGGUUUUCAAGCGUGUCUGUUCCGCAGGUAACUUAGCAACAAGCUGCACGAGGAAGCGUCCCACAGUUUUCUAGAAACAGGAGUUUUCUUACCCCUCUCCCUUUCCUUUUUCCACAAAGGUGAAUUUCAUAAAUGUAACACUAGUAAAGUGAAUGAAUUACUGAGUUUAUACGGAAGGCUAGGUAACUUCUCCUUUGGUCUUGAGAGCGAGUCUUGCUUUUUAAUUGGUGCUGUUUAUGUUGUUGCCCGCCCGGUGUGCCUGGCUCGUCUGGGCGCCGUGGUGUCUGCGGGUGGCUGGCAGUGAGCGCAGUGUUGAGUCGUGCUGCAGCUCACGCCGUGUGUCUGUCAUCUCAGUCUGGAGUCAGUCCAGCCUCUGCUGGUGUCUGAUCGGUUCCCUCCCUCGUGCUUGCUUCUUCGUCUGCCCUCUGUCCCGUGGCCUGGCUCCCGCCACGUGGCAUCCAAGAGUGUUGCUCGCGAAGCUGGCGUGCUUUCUCCUAGGGCCUUUGUCUUAUCAGCCUCUGCUUUACGUCUGGUGUACUUCUGGGUGUGGUGGGGUAAAAUGACAUCGUGAUUGAACUUGUCUGCAGAGCCAAGGGAGGAAGUUGGAGGAUGUGCGUUGUUCCUUGUAAGAUAUCUUGCAUGUAUCUGUGUAUUCAAAUUUAAACCACUGCUUUGUCCAUUUGUCCACUGGGAAAUUACAAACUAGGAACAAGGGGGAGGUAAAAUAAUACUUUACGGUUUUUGAAGCAACCAUAUCUCAAACUGUGCUUGUUCCGGGAGCCCUAGCUGCAUCUGAACUGAGGGCUCUUCAGUCCUGCAGAGAGUGGGAUCCUGUCUCAGGUGGGCAGAUGUUUUCGUAGACAGCCGGGUCGUGAGCCCUCUGGCCCUGUGGGCUGUACGGUCUCUGCCAUAAAUACACAGAAGUGUGGCUGUGACCAGUACAACUUGUAGACACAGAAAUCUGAAUUGCAUAUAAUGUUCCAUGUCAAGAAACUUAGAUUUUCUUUUUAACUGCUUAAAAAUGUUCCUUAGCCGGUUGGGUGGGGAGGGGCAGUGACAGUGGCAGCUGAGUAGCUACUCACUGCUCAGUGUAGAAAACAUGAGAACGCAGGACUUGGCGAUCACACCCCACAGAACCAUCAUGCGGCAGAAGUCUUGGGGGUGCAGUUUCCAUCAUGUAUGGCAGAAGCCUUGGGGAUUCGAUUUCUCACACACGUGCUCAUUUUCUGUUGUCGUUCCGCGUUUAUUCAUGUGGAAGCAUGUUUUAUCAAAUGAAUUGUCAGAGAAACAGAGAUGGGCCGAGAUUUUAGAAAUGGCCCCACGUGACCAAGUUGUCUGGGUGACAAUGCUUUGAUGAUCUCCUUUGAGGAUGAGCUAUCUUUUAAUCGGGAACAAAUCUAACGGAAAGGAGAGUUGACUGACGUUGGCCCACGGGAUUGUUAGCCGGGCAGUGCCUUCCUGAAGGCUUGCCACCUGGGGACACCCUGGUUUAUGGCGGCGUCUUGCAGAGUGUGGAAGGCAGUAGCAUGGGCCUUGGGCCUUUCUGGCAGCUGCCUGUGGUUGGCCAGGCCCUGCCUCCCCUCCCGCCCCUCUUCUGUCUGCACUUGCAUUCAGAGGUGGCGGUUGUUCUGAGAACAUUAGAUCUGGGAAGAGACCUGGCCACCUGCAUUCUUGGCGGGCAUUAUUCUCAACUUUUGUAUCCAAGUUAUCCCCCAUUCACUGUGGCGUUGCUGUUCUAAGCAAUUACCCCAUUACCUGUUGCCGAAGAGCUGCUCCCUGGAGGCAGGCGGCGGCCCUGGGCACUGCCACCUGCAUUAGGUCUUGUGUUUGAUGUGCUCUUGUGAAUUUACUUUGUCAGAACAAAAUAUUUGCAAGUUGGAUUCAGGAAUCUCUCCCUUUAGCUUCUGAUCUGGCUGUGAAAUUCAGGAAACCUGUUCUCCCAUUGCCUAGUAAUCGCCCCAUGUAGGUGUAAAUUGUGACAAAGUGGAUCUGACCCCUAAGGGACCCCCAGGGUGACCCCCCACCCCCCAAAAAAAAACCCAUUCACACCAGUGUAUUUAAAAUAGCCCGCAUUUUGGAGAUGCUGGCUGUCCUUUUACUGCUUCACAGGAAGACAAAUGGGCUUUCCCUCUUCAGAUGUCUGAAGGGAGUGCUUUGAGGCAGGUGAUGGGCUGGGAGUGUGGGCGGCCUCCCUCCAGCCCCGGGGCCCUCUGUGGACCUGGGCUCCCUGGUGGGCACUGGAACCUCCCUGGACGUUCCCUCCGGCACCAGCACCCCUGCAACCUAUAGACCCGAGUGCUGUUGUAUUUUGCCUUGGUGUGUGUGCUUUUCCUUGUGUAAAAUUGCUGUUCUUUUGACAAUUUAAGUGACUUGUUUACUGUAAGUUUGAAAAUAAAAAUUAAGAAAAAAAUUCUAAUGACUGUGCCGUGGUUGGAAACUUUAUUUACCAAGAUGUUACUUUCCUUUCCCCUCUCAUUUUGAGGCCCUGUGUAAUUCCUUCUCCUCCUCCCCUAAUGCUUUGUAGUCUCUCCUAUGUCAUAAUAAAGCUACAUUUUCUU